AUGGCGAAUCAGACUCUCGACUAUGGACGCGUUCACUCAUUCUUCACCCGAUCUGAUGCUGAAGAUGUCGAUCCAAACAUGAUGCAAUUGCUUGUCACCGAGUUCAUCACUGUACAGUACUUCGACGUCGCACUGUUGACUGUCUUAGUCUACCAUGCUCUGACGACACUGGAUAAAGAGCUACUCGUUCUUCCCAUUGACUUAGAGAUUAGGCCGGGCAACGACUUGGAUAUCUGGAUUAUGCAGUGA